CACCAGUAUGUCCUCAAACACUCCUGAAGGGAAGGAGCAAAACCCACUUGUAGUAUACACUGCCUCUCUCACGUCCAAUCGUGUCCUCGUGCGUCCCACGUCCCUUCAUCCGUACGUUCCCGCCUUCGACAAUAUACAGCUCACUCUGUCAUAGUAGCCAGGGUUUGGUGAUGGCUCAACUCAGUUCGCCUAUACACACCCUAGUAUCCCUUCGUCGAUUCCUCUGACAAUACCCGACCCUGACGUCAAACAGAUCUUUGCCCACCGUCAAUGGAGAGCCGGGUUGAGAAUGGCUGAUCGUAUAGCGAGUGGAUUGAUUGAUGUUGCGGGAAAGACAGUUAUCGAGAUGGGAGCUGGGACAGGACUUCCUGGAAUCAUGAGCGUGGUUAAAGGCUCAGCGCUUACAGUACUCACGGACUAUGAUGACCCUAAACUUAUUUCCACGUUACGGGGAAACGUACUGCAAUGCCUAUUAACUCCCAACGAACGUUCUCGUGCCAAGGUCAUCCCCCACAUAUGGGGACAGGAAACCGAAGACCUCCUAGAGUACGUGAUACCUUCUCCAUCUGGCUACGACCUUAUCCUGUGUGCGGAUAUCCUCUGGGACACAUUCUCGCACCCAUUACUUCUCCGUACACUGAUUCCUCUACUCUCCCGUACUCCCACAUCUCGUAUCAUUGUCAUAUCCGGGCUUCACACGGGUCGUGCUCCGCUUGCGCGUUUCGUUAGGCUUGCCUCUGCCCAAGGUCUCAUCGUGGAUGAG